UCUCUCAGUCUAUCUUCAGCUCAGACGGUGCGUCGGACCCACAGCUCCCAUGCGCUCUUCAAUUCCUUUAAAAGUCCUCCCUCUCACUUGGAUAAAUGGAGACAACCUGAGCCUCUGGGAUUUAUGGUAAAACAAUCGGCUUCGUGAUUUCAAGAAAAAAAGGAAAAGAAGAAGAAGACAACAAAGGCAAACAGGAUACCACACCUUGGCUGGGUUUAAUUCAUCUUCCACUCUUUGGACUGCUUAUCCUCCGCAGCUCAGGGCGCAAGAGAUGGAAAGCAAUACAUCCGACGAUGUGGAGACGCUGUGGGAGAAGGUGGAGAGCAAACGUUACGAACUGUGUCGCAUCAUCUCCCCGGCAAAGCUCACGCCCUACCUCCGCCAGUGCAAAGUCCUGGAUGAGCAGGACGAGGAUGAGAUCCUCAACUCCAUGCUGCUGGUUUCCAAAGCAAACCGCACAAGCCGUCUACUUGACAUCCUCCACACUAAGGGAGAGCGGGGGUAUGUGGCGUUUCUGGAGAGUCUGGAGUUUUACUACCCUGACCUGUACAAGCUGGUCACAGGCAAGGACCCCACGCGACGCUUCUCCACCAUCGUAGUGGAGGAGGGUCACGAGGGUCUGACCCAGUUCCUGAUGAACGAAGUGAUGAAGCUACAGCAGCAGUCUAAAGUCAAGACCCUGCAGCACGUUGAGCUCAGCAGGAAGAACUGCACCCUGGAGGACGAGCAGAAGAAGCUACGGCUGGCCAAUCAGGAGCUCCAGGCCUUCCAACUGAGGUACAACAAGUUGAGAGAAGAGAGAAACACCUACAGUGAUGAGCUGUUGAGAGUUAAGGAUGAAAACUACAACCUGGCCUUGAGGUACGCCACACUGAGCGAGGAGAAGAACAUGGCAGUGAUGAGGAGCCGAGACCUGCAGCUAGAGAUUGAUCAGCUGAAGCACAGGCUGAACAAGGUGGAGGAGGAGUGUAAGAUGGAGAGGAGGCAGAGUCUCAAGCUGAAGAAUGACAUUGAGAAUCGGCCAAAGAGAGAGCAGAUCUUUGAGCUGGAAAGGGAGAACGAAAUGCUCAAGAUCAAACUACAGGAUCUACAGUCCAUCAUACAGCCCGGCCCCCUACCUGCGUCAGACAAGGCCAUCCUUGAUAUUUUGGAGCAUGACAGACAGGAAGCAUUAGAAGACCGACAGGACCUUGUCAACCGCCUCUACAACCUCCAUGAAGAAGUGAGACAGGCGGAGGAACUACGAGAUAAGUACCUGGAGGAGAAGGAGGAUCUGGAGCUGAAGAGCUCCACACUGCAGAAGGACUGCGAGAUGUAUCACAACCGCAUGGACACCAUCAUCACCCAGCUAGAGGAGGUGGAGAAGGAGAGGGACCAGGCGUUUCGAGCCAGAGACGAUGCCCAGCACCAGUUCUCCCAGAGUCUCAUUGAGAAAGACAAAUAUCGAAAGCAGAUCAGAGAGCUGGAGGAGAAGAGCGAUGAACUCCACAUUGAGAUUGUACGCAAAGAAGCCAAGCUGGUCACCUUGGAGUCUCGCCUACGACGGCUGUCCAAGGACAUUGUUUUGGACCAGGUCAAUAGUUUGCCGAGGGACCUGCCUCCGACCAUCAUCUCUCCGGGGGAGUUUAAACCCGUCCAGGGCCAAUCAGAAUGGUCCAGCGAUGAGUCGCCAGAGGAUAAGAUCUUAUCCGAGGAGCCUCGCCUCAAACGCAGACCCAACCUCAAAGCAGGGAACAGAGUGAAGUCUCCAGUCUGUGUACCCAAAGACCUUCACGUCAACUCAGAGGCCACUCAACCUGCAGUCAACGGUGGAGACUGUCUGGACAUCCAGAUGCUAAACUCGCACACCAACAGCCACUCCCUCCCUUCCUCCCCCAGCAUCCCUAUGUCCCCCAUAUAUCCGGCCUCCUCAGCUCCCCCGCUCUCCUCCUCCUUUUCCCCAUGCCCCUCCCCACUGCCCUUCACAAUUGGAGAACAGUCCAACAGGCCAAAUAUGCUGCGUUACCGUAACGAUAGCAUCUUGUCCACGCUGCCCGAGCCGCCGGAGAAAGCAUCACUUUACCGCAGAGAGAGGGAGAAGGAACAUGACUUCCACCCCCGCAGCCUCCCGGACUUUGAUAGUGACAACAUGGAAAUGGAGUUUGAGGAUGAAGUACAGGGCGGUCCACCUUCUGUCCACUCCUCUUCCUCGUCCCAUCAGUCAGAAGGGAUGGACACCUAUGACCUGGAGCAGGUCAACAAUAUCUUCAGGAAACUCUCUCUGGAGAGGCCGUUCCGUCCGUCUCUGUCCUCCUUCUCAAGGAUCAGCUCCUCCCUGAAGCCGGUGCAGGAGCUGUCGUUGCCGGGUGAAAACCUGCUGAAGGACAUCACUCUGGUUGGCGGCAAUGACAGCGGGAUAUUCAUCGCAUCCGUCCAGUCGGGCUCCAUCGCUGAGAAGGUGGGGCUACGAGAGGGCCACCACCUCCUGUUGCUUGAGGGAUGCAUACGUGGGGAAAACCAAAGCAUUUCACUGGAUACCAGCACUCAGGAAGAAGCCCACUGGACGCUGCAGCACUGCUCUGGACCAGUCAGGCUGCACUAUCGAGCCAACUAUGACUCCUUCCGUCGCCUUCAGAGGGACCUGAAGGAGGGCGGCCUGGCUUCUGGCGACUCCUUCUACAUACGGGUGAACCUCAACAUCUCCGGCCAAUCAGACAACUGCUCUCUGAGCGUGCGCUGUGAUGAGGUGGUGCACGUGCUGGACACCAGGCACCAGAGCCGCUGUGAGUGGCUGUGCGCUCGAGUCGACCCCUACACCGGCUCCGACCUGCCCGACCGUGGCACUCUACCCAGCAACUCACGAGCCCAGCAGCUGCUCCUGGUGAAAAUUCAGAAGUUAUUGUGUCGAGGGGGGAAAGAAGAGAAUGAAAGUCACCGCAACAGUCGGGCCAAUUUGCAGCCAGAAGAAGCCAGCCACUCUCCCGAUCCUAAAGCCAGUCCACGCAUGUCUAGAGCCAGCAUCUUCCUCACUCAGAUACUACAGUUUGUCAGCCGGGUGGACAUCAAGUACAAGCGAAUGAACAGCAGCGAGCGUGUGAGGAUCAUCAACUCAGGCAGCACAACACUACCCAGACAAGGUUUAGAGACGCUUAGACCUGAGGACGCUGCUGACCCAGACAGCGAGCUGAGCAGGAGUUUGAACCUGAUUCCCUACAGUCCCGUCACCCCCCAGCGGACCCAGAGGAGACGGCCAGUCCUAUUCACUCCCACUGCACUUGCCAAAACCAUUAUCCAGAAAAUACUCAACAUGGGGGGAGCCAUGGAGUUUAAUAUCUGCAAACCAGACACGCUGUCCAAAGAAGAGUUUCACCUGAAGCAGAACGUGGAGCCCUUCAUUCACUACAAAGAGAAACACGCCACAUUUGAAUGCAUCACACGAGAAAACAUAGAGGCUGUCGCUGCUAAGGACAAACACUGCCUGCUGGAGGCUGAGCUGAAUUGCGUCAAAGACCUCCUGCGGAGAGAAAUCUACCCAAUUAUCAUCCACGUCAAAAUCUGUGACAAAAAUAUCAAGAAGUUACGGAAGUUGCCUCUGCGCGUGGAGUCGGAGGAGGAGUUUGUGAGGUCAUGUCGGGCAAAAGAGAAGGAGCUGGAAGGCAUUCCCUGCCUCUACGCCAGCCUGGAGCCCGACGCCUGGGCAGGGACGGACGACCUCAUCAAGGUCAUCAAAGACCGGAUACUGGAGGAGCAGAAGAAGACGGUCUGGGUGGAGCAGGACCUCCUGUAGACACACAGAUACACACCACAACAGUCUGUACAUGAAAAUGAACAUGUGUAGCUGAACACCACAAAACACACCUUGUACAUCAAACUUGUAUACAUAUUGUUAUAUUUAUGCUCAGACUCAAAAAUGCUCAUGUGGACGCUCUGUGUCGGACUUAAAAUGAAUGCAUUAUUAUAUAUUUUAUAAAUGUGUGCAUUUCCUUUGAUUCAGAGAAACAAACAAAUGGAAAACAUUAAAACGUUUUUUUUUAAGUUUAGCAUUUAAAGGGAAGGUGUUCAAAGUACAAUACUGCCAACUGUCUGAUCCUGCCUAACUUGGAUUACACUGCCCUCUAGUGGCCAAUGUGGGGUUUUCACACUGUAAAGACUAAAAUCAAAUCAUAUCUUGUUCAUUUACUUCCUUUUGCAAAAUGCAACUUUCUUUUCUCACAAAGAAUUUUAAAAGACGGAAGAUUAAACAUGGUUUUGUGCAGCCA